AUGGCUGGGUUGAAGCCCAUAAUACUUAUGACUAUUCUCGUCAUGUUCUUUGUGGAGCUGAUGGUCAUGCGAUACGCACGGCUUGGCCAAAACGAUCAGCUCGAUGUCGAAAAUCACAUACAUUCACACUUUGAUGACGAUGAGGAUGCCACUACUGACGAGAGAAAUCGAGUGGUGCCGAGAAAUGAUAACUUAGAACGAUUCCGGCGGCGUCAAGAUACUGGGAUGUCCAAAAAAAUAGAAGUGUACAUGGCUCAGCUGACUUCUAUCUUCAUAUUGGAAUUCGGUAUCGUCUUUCACUCUGUGUUUAUCGGUUUGACUCUCGCCGUAUCUGGCGAGGAGUUCACGAUCCUUUACAUCGUCAUCGUCUUCCAAUUUUGA